AUGGCGAUCGGGACAGACGUGCCGACUCGUCCGAGCGAGGGGCGUUUAACACAUGGAAACUCUGGAUGCCCCUUUUACCUCUGGGGACUUCUAGCCUUCUUGGGCUUGGCUCUGGUUAUCUCGUUGAUCUUCAAUAUUUCCCACUAUGUAGACAAGCGUCGACGAGAUAAAAUGAUGUACAGAUACCCUGAUGACUACAUUCCAAGAGUUGAUGAAUACUAUGUUGAAGAUACUCCAAUUUACGGUAACUUAAAUAAUAUGAUCCCAGAACAAAUGGAUGAGGACUGCUAUGAACAAAUGAAAGCUAGGCCACAAAGAUCUGCAAGCGAUUCGCAAGAAGCCACUGCAUCUGCACAGGUACCUGCUGAAGAUCAGAUGUGUUAUGCCACACUGGAUCACAGCUUCAAGGGGAAACGCAGAAGACCCAGGAAACAGAAUGCUAAUUUUUCAGACAGGGAGAAGGAUGCACAAGUUUGUGCAAUGGAUGCCAGCAUUUCUCAGAUCAAUUUCCCACCAGAUAACCAGGCGGUGGAGGAAAGUGUUCAUGAUGAUCCUGCAAGACUCUUUGGAUUGAUCCGUGCCAAGAGAGAGCCUGCAAUCUAG